CUUGUUUGUUGUGAUUUCAAGAUGGCCGAGAGGAACAGAACCAGGAGGGAACAUCGCAGAAAUAUUUUGUCAAACAUGCAGAGGUGACAUUUGUGGACUACCUACGUCAGAAAGAGAUCCUGAUGGAGAGGGCCCAUAUCUGAAGGCAGGACCACCAAGUGAAAGCAGCAGAAUGCAACAAAAGUAUCAACAUUUAAACCUUCAUCUGAAUGAGUGAAGUAACUGAAGACAUAUAACCAACAUGGAGCCCAUGAGGAUCAGGAGUAUGACCUUCACCUCCCCCCUGGAGCACCCCACCACCCUCCUGCAGGCCCUACAGGACAUGCGUGAGGAGGAGACUCUCUGUGACGUGACUCUGGUGUGCGACUCCGUCAGACUCCCCGCUCACAAGAUCCUCCUGGCUGCCAGCAGCAGGUACUUCAAGAACAUAUUGUCAGGAGGAGAAGAUGAGGAGGUUGUCUUAGCCGACAUGUCUUCCAAGGCAGUUAAAGCUGUCCUGGACUACAUGUACACCUCUGAGAUACACAUCACGCAAGAGAACUUCGAGGAUGUGACUGCUGUCGCGCGGCAGUUUCAGCUGAGUAAUCUGUUGAACAGUUGCAUGGAGUAUAAGAUGGGUUGGGAGAGGGAAGUGCGCCAUUUUGUGGACGUGACCUACCCCACAAGGCUCCUACACAAUCUGCAUACUCUACAGUUAGAGAAGGGCUCGUGCGAUGUCACGUUGGUUGUAGAGGAUCGAGAGAUCGUGGCGCACAGGGUGGUACUGGCCGCGUGUAGCGACUACUUCCGUGCGAUGUUCACCCUCGGGAUGAGGGAAGCCACAGAGAGGAGAGUAGAACUGAAAGACGUGCCGUACACACGUCUGAAGGAAAUGGUGGAGUACAUCUACACGUCAGACAUAGCACUGAGGUGGAAGAGCCUGGAGGAGACUGUAGACGUAGCCAGCAGGCUCCAAGUGUUACCAGUACUAGACGUGUGCAGUGAAUUCCUGAAAGCGAGCAUUGUUGCAGACACAUGUAUGGAUAUCUACCAACUAGCCAGUGUGUACUAUCUCACCGACGUCACAACAGCUGUGAAUAGCUACAUCCUUGAACACUUUCAGGCAUUCUGUAAGAACGCUGACUUCUUGGAGCUCUCGGUUGACCAGCUCGCUCAGGUCCUCAAAAGCGACGCGCUCAACUGUGCUGCUGAGAUUGACAUCUUCUGGGCAGUCUACAGAUGGCUCAUGCACGAGUCUUCACGUAUCGCUUACACAGGACGGUUGUUACAGCAUGUUAGAUUCCCACUGAUGACCACAUUUGAUCUCAAUGAGAUAGUGGACUUGGAGAUUUUCAAGAACAGUUUGCCGUACAAGGAUCUCAUGAUUGAGGCUUACAACUAUCAUUCUCACCCCAGUGCACAGCCACUACUGCUGACUGAGCGUACACAUAUUAGGUCCACAUGCCACUGUCUGGUCAGUUUUAAUGGCCGCAAGGCUGGACUGGCGCACAGAGAAGACGAACAAACAGACGUCAUGUUCUUGGACCCCAACACCAAGAUGUGGCGUGAUCUAACAGCGACAAAAGAGCCCAUCACGCACCAGGGAGUGGCCGUCCUGAACAACUUCGUGUAUCUGAUUGGUGGGGAGGGUGUGCGAGGGUUCCGGUCUGCCGUGGCGACAGGCUGGAGGUACGACCCUCAGAAGAACGACUGGUUCAGGGUUAAGUGCAUGCGGCACCGUAGGUCAGAUUACCACCUACAGGCCAUGGAUGGGAGACUCUAUGCCAUCGGAGGGAGGAAUUUGAUGGGAGAGAAUGACAAGGCAGAGUGCUACAAUCCAACCAAGGAUGAGUGGUCCCACAUGGCAUCAGUUGGGAUUCCCUUGUACGGGCACGCAGGCACGGCACACAAAGGACAGCUCUACCUGUCUGGAGGGGGCAGUAACUGGGUCUACAACACUGCCCUGAGGUGUUACGACCCGCAGAGCGACACCUGGACAAUCAAAUCCGACAUGGCCAUUGCUCGGGCGUUCCACAGGAUGGCCACUGUGGGAGGUAAGAUAUUCGUGCUUGGCGGUGCAGAGAGAGAUGACCACGCCAAUGCUGACGUCUUGCUAACCGAAUGUUACAGUCCAGAGACUGGACAGUGGAGUGUUGUUGCACCAAUGCCCAAGCCACAGGCAGAGCCAGGCUUAGCGAUCAAAGACGGACGGAUCUUCCUUGUAGGAGGGAGCUCUUGCCAGCACAGGUCUUACAGGGCACUGAAGUACAUCCAGUGCUAUGACCCGACCACUAACAAGUGGACAGAGGAGGAACCACUGCCCGACGCAUGGACUGGGGUAGCCUGCGCAGCCAUCACUCUACCACAGGACAGUGUGAGUGGGUCAUGGUUUGACUGGCUGUACAGACUGUAGUGUGGAAACUCAUGCAAACAUAUGUUUCCUUUCUUUCUCAUAAUGCUGAUUGAAAAACGCUGUUAGUAAUUGCCAAACUUACAUGGCUGACUUGUACAAAAUUAUCUCACAAGACCAUUUAGAUUUAGGGGACUGAUACAAUGGUUUUAUGUGGACAGGUGGUCACUAGAGACAGGAUUCAUACUGUUUGUUUCAAUGGGAAAAGUGUGAUCCCAUUGUAUCUGAGGAGAAUGAUAGUACAUGUACAUGUAUCAAUAUAUUUUUUUGUAAUAGGCACCAGAUACUUCAAGUUGAACAUAAAAAGUGCUGUAAACCAGAUGCUAUGAAUAUACUGGUGAGGUAACAAGUUGAAGGUGAGCUCUAUGAAUGAAUACCAUAUGAAUUAUGAUGUACAAUUGCACAUUUAGCAUACUUUGAGCACAAAGUGAAUGCUAUCAUUAUUAAUAUCAUGUUGUUGCAUUGCCAUUAUACACAUCUUAUAAAACUUAAUAUGUACUUAGAUUGGGGGAGCUUCAGCCAGUUGAAAGAACUUUAGACAAACAUUUAGUUGAAAAGUUGAGCACAACAACAUCUGAAACCUGACAGUGUUAAAGAAGUGUUUCUUUCAAUUCCUCUGUAACCAUUUGUUAAGUUUGACACCUAGAUUAUGGAACUCAAUUUGAAGUAUCAAUGUCAAGUCCUUAAGUAGCCAGGUUUACUAUUUACAAACUUUUUCAUUUGACUUGGCCAGUACACAUAAUAUGUCAGACUAUAAGUCCUACAUUAUGAUUGGUAAGAUAGAUCACUGUUAACAAACUGCUAUCAAUGUAAGUAUACUUUCUGUAUUGUAAAACCCUUAAAAUAGAAUAUCCUUACUAAUUAUGGUAAUCAAUUUCAUACUGAACUUCAAUGAUAAAUUAUCACUUGAAAGGUU